GACCUUGUCAAUAAAACCCUCAAAAAGCCCUAGAACCUUCCUUCAAAGCUAUAGUACAUCUUUUUCUUUCUUUGACUACCAAAAAUCAGCAAAAUCAAAUGGCAAGGCGUCUGAUUCCAUGUCUCAACAGGGUAUUGGUGGAAAAGAUUGUUCCGCCCUCCAAAACCACCGCCGGUAUUCUCCUCCCUGAAAAAUCUUCCAAGUUGAAUUCUGGGAAAGUGGUUGCUGUUGGUCCAGGAAUUCGUGAUCAUUCCGGAAACAAGGUUCCGGUGGGUGUGAAGGAAGGAGAUACUGUUUUGUUGCCUGAAUAUGGUGGCAUGGAAGUCAAGCUUGGUGAUAAAGAGUAUCAUCUGUUUAGGGAUGAAGACAUUUUGGGAACUCUGCAUGACUAAUUUUUCAUAUCCGGAGUAUUAUUGUAAGGGGAUCUAUCCUGGCCGUCUUAUUUUAUUUCCAGAAAGUAGACCAUUUGAUGAGUUAAGGAGUUGUGUAAGAGUACAACUCAUGACAUGCUAAAUGAAACUUGCUUUUAUCAUA